AUGAACAAAAUUUCAAACAAAGUAAGCAUAGAGGCUAGUCAAAGCAGAGGUUGGAAUGUUAACAAAGCAUUUACGUAUUCGUCAGAUGUUGGACGCACAUGUGCAGUUAUAAAAAUUACUGAUGGUAAAAAAUGCGGCAGCAAUCAUGGCGGUCAGGCUGAUGGCGACGUAGAUGAAAGCGUUAAUGGAGCUAUAAAUAGUAGCGAUAAUAACGGCGGUUUUAAUAACAUGGAGAUGGAAGCAAAAAUGGAAAAGGAUCUUCGCAUCGGUAAAAAUAAAAAUAACAGCAAAUGCAAAAACUCAAUAGUUGAAAAUCUUAAUGACGGUCCUCACAACAAAGGUCAUAAUAAUAUAAACAAUAAUAACCAUAAUAGCGGAAACUUGGAUGAUAAAGAUGAUGGAAAUGUUGCAACUUACGUUGGGGAAAAAAUUAAAAAGUUUGGUGGAAAAUUGAUGGUGGAUAAUCAACCAAAUUGUUGUUUGAGACGUAAAUUAAUCCAGAUGGACCAGUCAAAGGUGAACAAAUCAUUGAGGCAUAUCAAUUUAAAAGAUGAAGAUGAAGAUCUUUAUUUUCUGGCCAGCGAUCUCUGGAACUUUGUCGAUGAAGUUUCAGUGAUUGGAGUGAAACAUUGUGCGGACAGCAAUCGCUCUGUGUUAAAUCGUUUCAUGUGGUUCAUCUUUAUAAUGUUUGGCUUUCUGUUGGCAGUUUAUCAAAUAAAUGAUCGUCUGAUGCACUAUCUGACAUACCCCACAUUAACAGAUUAUGAUAUUGUAUCAGCUCACAUCACACUUCCUCAGGUCACAAUAUGCAACGGCAAUUACGUUAAGAAGUCAUCGGCUGAAAGUCAGGAGGUCAUAAAAUCAAGAAAAAUUUCAUCUCCAGGACUUGAACAAUUAGUAAAGUGCUUCUGGAAUGGAGUGCCAUGUUCAAAAGAAACUCUCGGUACCACGUUCUCAAACGCAGGACAAUGUAUAGUUGUUAACCCAAGAAAAUCAAAGUUACAACUUUUGAAUGCUCCUGGUGCCACUACGGGUUUGGUACUUUUCUUGUACGCCAACCAAUCUGACUACUUGAUGAAAAGAGAUUUUUCCCAGGGAUUCAAUGUUUUGGUACAUGAUCCCGAAGAACCGCCGAGGAUGUUGGAGCUGGGUUUCAAAGUCAAUGUUGACGAAGAAGUCAACGUGGCUGUGUCGGUUACAAAAACAACCAGAUUGAAGCAUCCGUACGGAAGUUGUACGGACCAGAAAGGCUACCAUCAAAUCAAAUGCAGUAUGAGAUGUCUGACAGAGGUAAUGAUCAAAAACUGCAGUUGCAGACCCAUCUACAUGGAAGAAAUUGGUAACGAAUCAAUAUGUAAUUACGACGAAGAAUUUUUGUGUACCGAUAAAGUAAUGAGUAAUUUUUUCAUUGGCAAUUUCCGUACAUGCGUGUGUCCUCCAAUGUGCAACGAAAUGACCUUCCAAACAUCAGUCACCAGGUCAGAACUCUCUAACACUAACCUACACGUGAUCAGGAAAUUUUUCGACGAGAAGUUCAUUAAAUUUACCAAGACUGACACGGUUGUUUUGCGAGUUUACCUUAGUAGAAUGCAGUAUACAAAAGUAUCAACAGUCAAAUCUUACUCGGAAAUGGCGCUGUUGAGUGAUCUGGGAGGGGCUCUGGGAGUUCUUCUUGGAUCUACUUUUCUGACCGUUGUUGAAAUUUUCGAAUUGAUUUCCGUCAUUUUCUUUUAUGCUGUCGCCAAAAAGAAAAAAAUGAUGAAAACAUGA